AUGCUGUGGAAAGUGGUGAAUUGUUGCUGGUUGUGGCCUAAUAAGGCGUAUCGGAAGCUGAGGAAGAGUGGCUUUGGCGGCCCGACUCCAAGUUUUCCUCUGGGAAACACAAGGGACAUGAAAAGAAAGAAAAACACUACUGGGUCUGCUUCAGAAAACAAAAUCACCCACGAUUUGCAUUCAACUGUCUUUCCCUUCUAUGCUAGUUGGCAAAAAUCCCAUGGUGAGUCUCUUUUUUCUGACCACCAACGGCCUGUUUGGGAAGGUGUUCGUGUACUGGCUGGGGACGGAGCCAUUUCUUUACAUUGCGGAUCCAGAGUUUCUGAAGCAGAUGUCCGCCGGAGUGUUGGGAAAGACUUGGGGGAAGCCGAAUGUGUUCAAGUACGACAGGCUGCCCAUGUUCGGCAACGGGUUGGUUAUGACUGA